AUCACCACGCUUCCCGCAGUUGGUUAGGAGGAGCGUGAGGUCGUGAGGGUGGGUGUCAGUUUAUAGUUCGUUUCUUUUUUGUUCUGCAAUGAAGGAGCGUAGCGCCUUUAAAGUAAUCUGUUUAUAAUGAGCGAUUAUUACUAUCUGGAUGUUUCAUUGGAAGUGAUACCGGCAGAGAAGGAGAAGGUGUCAGCUGUAUAUUUUAAAAACCAUGUUAUGCAGUCCAUGAAAAUUUUAUUUGGAGAGGUUGGUGCAAGCAUUCCUGUUGAUGUACUGAAGUACGAUAUUGAAAAACAGCGUGCUGUUCUUCGCUGCCCGGCAGAGUCCUAUGUGAAAUUGCAUAGUUCUCUAACUUUACGUGGUGAUUACGGUGGCAGUUCGUGUGUUUAUAAAGUGCAUCAGACCAGUCCAUUUCUUCUCUCUCUCCUUUCAAACAGUAGGACAUACAGCCAUGUGUAAGUCUUUGUUUUAAAAAAGCCUGGCCAAGACUUUGUAUAGUUCCUUAACUGUGAUUCUUGGUUGUGAAAAAUGUCUUACUGUCGUGAAGAAGGCAAAGACAGAAUAAUAUUUGCUACAAAAGAAGAUCAUAAAGUUCCAAGCAAGGUC